UUGUAAAUAACUACGGAAAGAUCUUUUUGUUCCUAACAGGGUGUGGAGAAAAAUGAAUGCCAUCCAGGUGUUUUCGCUCACUCUGCUGUCCCUUCUGGCGGCCAACGCUCAGGUCAUCAUGCCUGGAAGAUGCCCCAGGCCUGCUGUCCAGAGCGACUUUGAUGCCGCGAAGUAUCUCGGUAGGUGGUAUGAAAUACAGAGGCUGCCGCACACUUUCCAGAAGGGCGAGUGCAGCACUGCCACCUACAGCCUGAAGAGCCCUGGAGUCAUUGGUGUCCUCAACAGGGAGCUGCUAGAUGACGGGACCAUUAACGCCCUUACCGGCUCCGCCAAGAGUUCAUCUGAGCCUGCCAAGCUGCUUGUCUCCUUCUUUGAGAACUCUCCCCCUGCCCCAUAUUGGGUCCUGUCCACCGACUAUGACAACUACGCGCUGGUCUACAGCUGCACUGACCUGGGACUGAUCCAUCUGGAGUUCGCCUGGAUCCUGAGCAGAGAGCCCAGCCUCCCCGAGGAGACGAUCGAAGAGCUGCACAGCACCCUGUCCUCCAUCGGAGUCAGAGUGGACAAGCUGCUCACCACAAACCAGGAUGCGGCUUAUUGCAGGACCAUGAGCGAGUAAACACCGUUUUCACUGAAUGUCUCGAGGCAAUAAACUUAAAUGCUUGAAACCAA